ACAUUUACGUGAUCUGCGUGUGACGUGUAAAUUUUCAGAAAUCCUGGAUAGACAAAUCGCAAGAAAAAAGUAAAACUUAUCCUAAUAAGAAAUUUUCAAUAAUAUCAUCUUAAAUUUCAUAGUUAUUAGAAAUGGCUUUCCGCCGUGAGAAAGACGAUGAAGAAGAGGGUUCCACAAAUAUAUAUCAAAAUCUCGAAAAAACAUCAGUGUUGCAAGAAACGCGAGCGUUUAAUGACACACCAGUUAAUCCUCGCAAAUGUAUACAUAUACUGACCAAGAUUUUAUACUUGAUCAACCAGGGUGAACAAUUGGGUACAAGAGAAGCUACUGAAUGCUUCUUUGCCAUGACCAAAUUGUUUCAGUCUAAGGAUGUAGUUUUGCGUCGCAUGGUUUAUUUGGGCAUAAAGGAGUUGUCAUCUAUCGCCGAACAUGUUAUCAUUGUUACCAGUUCUUUAACGAAAGACAUGACCGGUAAAGAGGAUUUAUAUCGAGCUGCAGCUAUUCGUGCUCUAUGCAGUAUUACUGAUAAUACAAUGCUGCAAGGUGUUGAACGUUACAUGAAGCAAUGUAUUGUAGAUAAGAAUGUUGCUGUAUCGUGUGCGGCUCUAGUUAGUUCCCUGAGAUUAGGUACAACUGCUGGCGAUGUCGUAAAACGUUGGGCUAAUGAAGCACAAGAAGCUUUAAAUAGCGAUCACAUUAUGGUUCAAUACCACGCCCUAGGUCUACUUUAUCACAUAAGAAAAUCAGAUCGCUUGGCCGUUACGAAACUGGUUAAUAAAUUGACUCGUAACUCGAUGAAAAGCCCUUACGCUGUUUGCAUGUUGAUUCGAAUUGCUUGCAAACUUAUUGAGGAAGAAGAUAUCUCAGCCGAUGAGAUGUCUGAAUCACCUAUGUUCACUUUUAUUGAAUCUUGUUUACGUCAUAAAAGCGAAAUGGUUAUUUAUGAAGCGGCUCAUGCUAUUGUUAAUUUGAAGAACACUAAUGCACGUGUUUUGUCGCCAGCUUUCUCCAUACUUCAAUUAUUUUGUAGUUCUCCGAAGGCCACUCUACGUUUUGCCGCUGUGCGUACGCUCAAUAAAGUGGCCAUGACACACCCAGCUGCUGUUACCACUUGCAAUUUAGAUUUGGAAGGUCUUAUAGCUGACUCCAAUCGAUCAGUAGCCACUUUGGCCAUUACCACAUUACUGAAGACUGGCGCAGAGUCUUCAGUAGAACGUCUAAUGAAACAAAUUUCUUCAUUUGUGGCCGAAAUUUCAGAUGAAUUUAAGAUAGUCGUUGUGCAAGCCAUAUGUUCCCUUUGCAGUAAAUAUCCGCGCAAACACACUGUGCUUAUGAAUUUUUUGAGCGGCAUGUUGCGUGAAGAAGGUGGCCUAGAGUAUAAAACAUCAAUCGUCGACACAAUUAUUACCAUUAUUGAAGAGAAUGCCGAUGCCAAGGAGUCUGGUCUUUCACAUUUGUGUGAAUUUAUAGAAGACUGCGAACAUAUCUCCUUGGCUGUGCGCAUUUUGCAUUUGUUAGGCAAAGAGGGACCCUUCGCCAACACCCCUUCAAAAUACAUAAGAUUCAUUUACAAUCGAGUUAUACUAGAAAGCCCAGUAGUGCGAGCUGCAGCUGUGGCCGCUUUGGCUCAAUUUGGUGCUUCAUGUCCAUCUCUAUUGAAUAACAUUUUGGUUCUAUUGAGCCGUUGUCAGAUGGAUCCCGAUGAUGAAGUACGCGACAGAGCCACUUAUUAUUUGCACAUUUUGCAGACGAAAAAUCAGGAGCUUUACAAACACUACAUUGUCGAAAGAGAGAAUUGUUCAGUGGGUUUGUUGGAAAAAGCCUUACAAGACCAUUUGAACGGCGAUUGUAGUCAAUCGUUCGAUAUAUCUAUUGUGCCGAAAACUACCAUAGUUAAGGAGGAAAUUAAGGACGAAGCGAUGUUGAUUACAAAUAGUAAAUCGCCUCGUCUACCGAAAAUUACACCUGAGGAAGAAAGUGCAACCCAUCUUGCUCAAAUACCAGGCAUUCAAGCGCUCGGAACCUUACAUCGCACAACCAGACCUAUACAACUGACAGAGAGUGAAACCGAGUACACAGUCCAAUGUGUAAAACAUAUAUUCCCCAGCCAUAUUGUUUUUCAGUUUGACUGUUUGAAUACCUUAUCCGAUCAGCUAUUAGAGAACGUUCGAGUAGAACUAACUUUACCGGAAGGUUUUAUGAUACGAGAUCUUAUACCCUGUUCGAAGCUAUUAUAUAAUGAUCUACAAACUACAUUCGUGAUUGUUGAAUUUCCACAAGACGUGAAUAGUUCAGCAGCCACAUUCGGAGCUACUUUACGAUUUGUGGUGAAAGAUUGUGAUCCCUCUACGGGAAUUCCUGAUUCCGACGAUGGUUAUGACGAUGAAUACAUGUUGGAAGACUUGGAAAUCACUGUCGCUGAUCAAAUACAGCAAACGAAAAAAAGCAAUUUCCAAGCUGUUUGGGAUGCUGCCGAUACCGAAGAAUGGGUUGAAGCUGAAGAUACAUACUCCCUAUCUGCUGUCCAGACUCUACAGGACGCUGUUAAUACAAUCAUUAAAUUCCUUGGUUUGGGACCAGCUAAUCUCUCAGAAAAGGUACCCGAAGGUGCAGCUACGCACACGUUGUUGUGUUCAGGUACAUUUCGAGGCGGUGCAGAAAUUUUGGUGCGUGCUAAGCUCGCUCUAUCCGAAGGUGUAACCAUGCAAUUGACCGUACGCACCACAGAUUCAGAUGUGGCCGAACUAGUUACUGCGGCUAUAGGAUAGAACUCACUUUUAGAGAACUUCGAUUUCUGUCUCAGAAAUAUGAAGGUUUACAUGUUAAUCGCUUAAACACUCUCUAAACUGAUCACAGGGAGGCCCUGCAAGUACAUAUUUUAAAUAGCGUCCGUUUGCUAGCGAACGCUCCAAAUGCAUUGAUAUUAUGAAAAAAGUAUUCUUCUUGGGCCUAUCUCCUAUGUGUUUUGUUUUUCUUUUUGUUUUCUUCCCAAAAUCUAAAAUACUUUAGACAUUCAUUUUGUAUUGUGUAAUCAUAUAAAAGAAACGAAGUUAAAGAAGAUUUUUAUAUAAAUGAAAACUU